GGACUAGUUUAAGACACCCUUUUCCUUAUAUAUUGAUGUUACAACAAACUCAUUACAAAAAACAGCUUCUUCAAUCUUCUUCUCUUUUUUCUACUUCUCUUCAAAUCAUGCUAUAAGCUUCUAAGGUGACUAGACACUUUUUGCAUAAGGAAUUUGGAAGAGUUUAGUUUCAUUUUUGAAUGUUGAAAAUGAGAGGAAAUAUAUCAGAAACAUGGUUAGUUAUGAUGACAUUGAUGAUAUUAGUCAUUGCAAUAUUUGCAAAAAUAAUUCAAAUGAAGAUAAGGAAGGAAGAGAAAAGCAUGUGCAGAUUGCCACCUGGAAGGAGAGGUUGGCCUUUGAUUGGUGAUAGCAUCAAUUGGUAUAAUGCUGUUGCAAGUUCUCAUCCUCCUCAAUUUGUUGAAGAAAUGGUGCAAAGAUAUGGUAAGAUAUUUUCUUGCAGCCUAUUUGGAAAAUGGGCAGUGGUUUCAUCAGAUCCAAGCUUCAACCGUUUUGUAAUGCAAAAUGAAGGAAAAUUGUUCAUAUCAAGUUAUCCAAAAUCUUUUAGAGAUUUGGUUGGUAAAAAUGGUGUAAUCACAGUUCAAGGAGAUCAACAAAGGAAACUACAUAGUAUUGCUUCAAAUAUGAUGCGCCUAGAUAAGCUUAAGUUUCAUUUCAUGAAUGAUAUUCAAAAAGUUAUGAUCCAAACCUUGAGCAAUUUUGACAAUCAACAAGUCAUUUUUCUCCAAGAUGUUUGUAGAAAGGUAGCUAUAAAUUUGAUGGUUAAUCAACUAUUAGGAGUUUCAAGUGAGUCUCAAGUGAAUGAAAUGGCUCAAUUGUUUUCUGAUUUUGUUGAUGGUUGUUUAUCCAUUCCAAUCAACAUCCCUUGCUCUGCAUACCACACUGCUAUGAAGGCAAGGGAGAAAAUCAUAAGUAAAAUAAAUAAGAUAAUAGAAGUACACAGAAAAAAUGGUGGUUCCAUAGAAGGUAAUGGUGUGCUUGGAAGAUUACUAGAAGAAGAAAGUUUGCCAGAUGAAGCUGUUGCAGAUUUCAUCAUCAAUCUUCUCUUUGCUGGAAAUGAAACAACCACCAAAACAAUGCUUUUUGCAGUUUAUUUUCUAACUCAAUGUCCUAAAGCCAUGAAGCAACUUUUGGAAGAACAGGAUUCUCUAAGGACUAAUUCUGGUGAAGAAUUUCUUACAUGGCAGGACUAUAAAGCAAUGCCAUUUACUCAAUGUGUUAUUGAUGAAACACUUAGACUUGGAGGCAUUGCAAUUUGGUUAAUGAGAGAAGCAAAAGAAGACAUUCAAUACCAAGAUUUUGUUAUUCCAAAAGGAUGCUUUGUGGUACCAUUUCUUUCAGCAGUUCAUUUAGAUGAGAAAGUAUAUUGUGGAGCUACAAACUUCAAUCCUUGGAGAUGGAUGGAACCUGAAAAUGAGGAAAAGAGAAAUUGGAGAACAAGUCCAUUUUAUGCACCAUUUGGAGGAGGAGCUAGAUUUUGUCCAGGAGCUGAACUUGCUCGUCUUCAAAUUGCUCUUUUUCUUCAUUACUUUGUAACAAACUACAAGUAA